AGCUGUCCUUCCUUUUUUUGAAAAGUGGUGUGAAGGGAGGGAAGCAAAGCAUUGUUAUUUUAAGGAGGAAUUCUUGCACUCCCCCUCCCGCGUGUAGGUCGUAUGUGCGCAAGGUUUGCUGGGAACCAUGGAGAGGCUUCUGAUGCUAUUGCUGCCGCCGCCGCCGCUAUCGCUAGGGUUGAGGCAGCUGCCACUGGUAACCUGAUCCAGCCACUGAACAGAUUGCUGGAUGGGCUGAAGCCAAACCGAGGGACCACGGGGACAAAAGCCGUAGGCACUGCCUCCGGCGCCCAGCAAAGUGCACUGCCCCACAAACUGGACAGGGCUGAACCAUGGUGGACCCUGUGCCUGAAGAGGAGGAGGAAAAAGCAGGAGCUGAGCCAAGCAGUGCUGGAGAAGAUGGGGCAGCUGCAUCUGCAUCUUCCAUCCCUACUGGUACCCAGCAACUGCCCACUACAACAUCUUCUGCCCCCCAAGGUGUACCCAGCAAGGCUGAGGGCCUGGCAAGCUACAGGGAAGGCCGACAGCGGGAACAGUCACCUAUGCUGCACCUUGACCUAUUCAACUUUGACUGUCCAGAAGCAGAGGGCAGCCGAUAUGUGCUCACCAGCCCCCGCUCCCUGGAAGCCUGUGCCAGAUGUGCAGUUAAGCCUGUGGAGCUGCUCCCUCGGGCGCUGGCUGAUCUAGUGAGGGAGGCGCCAGGCCGCUCUAUGCGGGUGGCUACUGGGCUUUAUGAAGUGUAUGAGGCGGAGCGCCUAGCCAAGCUACAGCAGUGCCGGGCUGAGCGGGAGCGCAUCAUCAAGGAGGAAAAACGGCGUCUCUUCACACCUCUGGGCUCCACCACCGCAGGCCAGAGCGCAGGCCCCAUCCCGACCACAGGCCCGGGCAGUAGCAGUAGUUGCAGCAGCAGCGCAAGCCUCCCAGCUUCACCUGCUCCCCGCGCUCCCCGAGCUCCCCGCGCUCCCCGCAAAUCCUCUUCGUCGCCCUCGCCGGCGCGGACCAAGCCUCCUCCAGCUGCUCCCAGAUCAGGCAAAAAGAGCCACUCACUAGACUCCCUGUCUCGCCGGCGAGAAGGUGCCCGAAGCUCCGAAUCGGGGGCCUCCUCCUCCUCCUACAGUGGUGAUAGCCUGAGGGAACACUGGCAGCCCGGAAGCCCGGCCACCGGUGGCCUCCUCACAGGAUCUGCUGCCUCAGCCCCCAAUCCCCAGACUCGGCCGUCUGCCCUCACCCUAGCGCCCCUGUCGGGUCGGAGCUUCAGCUUGAGCGAUUUGUGCCACUCACCCCAGACUGCCCGCCAUGUGGAGAGAAUCGUGCGCCAGGUGCGGGAGGAGAGGGGCCUCCGUGGGUUGCCGGAGCGCGACCGUAAGAUUGCCACCCUCAUGCUGGCCCGGCACCAGGAAGAAGAGCUGCUGCGCGAACAGCAAGCGUUUGCCCACGGCCAGUGGGAGCUGCAACGGGCCAAGGCUGUGCAGCAGCGGGAAAAGGAGGAGAAGGAGAAGCAGCGGGCGCUAGCGCAAUGCCGCCAGGCAUGGGCGGCACAAGUGGAGGAGCGCCUGGGGAGGCUGGGCCGCCAGGAGCGGCAGGCUGCCAGGCGGCUGAGGAGCCAGUACGCGCGAGGAGAGGAGCAGCGGCUCGAGCUGGUCGAGAGGCAGGGUCAGCUCCGGCUGGAGCGGGCUCAGCGGGCGGCCCUGGAAGACAGGAUGCGGAAGCUGCAACAAGAGCACAACCUCAAGCUGUGGGAGGAAGGGCGGCAGAAAGAGCGAGAGCGGGCCGGCCACGCCCGACGGGAACGUGCGGAGAGGGCAGCCCGCACCAAGCGGAAACAGGAUGCUCACUCUCAGCGGGAGAAGCAGCAGCUAAGCCGGGCGGAGAGGGCGCAUCACGAGGCGCUGUUACAGGGGCUAGCCCGAAAGGAGCGCCAGGAGCAAGAGGGACUGCGGCUGUCCCUGGAGGCAAACCUGGAACGCGCGCAGGAGAACUACGAGCAGCUGGUGGAGCAGCGAAGCCGGCACUUGCGAGAGAGAGCGCGGAAGGAAGAACUGCAGGGCAGGCGGGCCAAGGAAGUGGCGGAGCGCAAGGAGAGAGAGCACCAAGAGCAUCUGGAGGCCCUGGCCAAAGCCGGAGAACAGCGGAUGCAGCAUGCCACGCAGGUGGUGUCGGAGGCGGUGCAGCUGAAAGCCCGUCGGAUAGGGCAGAACCGGUUGGAGAAGGAGCGGACUCAGCGGGCCAACAAGGAAAAGGUGGACCGCGAAGAGGACAGCCGCAGGCGCGAACUGCAGCAGGCCAUUGAGCGCAAGUGGGAGCGGAGCGAGCGCCUAUCUCGAGAAAGGCGAAGCGCCUUGGAAAAUGCCCGCUCCACAGCCCGCGCCUCUUUCCACGUCCGAGAAAAGGUGCGCGAGGAGACUAACACGCGCACUUUUGACCGUAUGGCGUUGGAAGCCAAGCUCCAUGCCAGUCUGGGUAAGAAAUGAGGGCUCUUUAGAAUGAACGGCCCCUCGGGGCACUCUUUCACGCCACCAUCAAUGCCUCUGGCCAAGUCUUUGGUUUCUAAAGAGGAUUGGGAGAACAGGGUACCGUACAUCGACUUCUCCUUACGUCUCCCAACUAAGGCGCCAUCGAACAUGAAAGGACACACAGAACUUUUCAGAGUGUCCACCCUUAAUUUUUAAGAACUACAUUUCUUUGGGGCCUGGGGAGCUAGGGCUCGGCACAAAUCCAUGACUGCUCUCACCUGAGUUGUAUCUUCCCGUGAGCCCUUACCAAGCCUCCUUUGUGCUUCUGGGGGGUUUCUUGGUAAUAAACAGAGAGGAGCUGGGGAGAAAGGGUAUUCUAGCGAUCGAUAUUCCAAGUUACUCCAUCACUUUCCAGGUAAUAGCACAAAAAUGACUACAGCACCUCCCUUUCCCCCUCCCCCUUCUGUGGCAGCUACACUCUACAGCUUUCUAAACAGGGUUUUCUUUUAAGUGCCGUGACUGAGUGGAGAGAUAGUAGUGGUUGUCAUCGAAAAAGAUUUUCUAGCCCUCUUCCUCAUCUUGAAAAAGAAAAGUACAGGAAUAGCAUCUGAGAGUACUAAGGAAGGGAAGCACCAUUAGAAAUUUGAGUCCCGCACAAGGUUACACAGGAAACUGGCCAAUUUUUUUCUUUCCGGUUUUAACAUAGAUUUGCAGGAUCUGGGAGAGCUCUUGUUUCAGAGACUUCGGUGUUCUAUCCUGCUUAAAGUGUUCUAGUGAUGGUAGUGGUUAGAUGUCUGUUGACAGACCACCCCAAAGUAGAGUAUAGAAAGAACUUGUAACCAGGUUGCUUUAAUACUCACCAGAGAGCAGUCAUGCCUUAAAUAGCAGUGUUCUCCUCAUGUGCCUGCCUUAGUUCAUCUCUGACCAUUUCUCCACUGCUUUGCCCUGAGAACACCACCUCCAAGGUAGGCCCCUAGAGAGUUUGGCCUCUGGGGUAGAACUAUGAACUCCCUACAGCUUGGUUGGCAAAGUUGUGUGUUCUGGCCCCCACAGUAUACCUCUUCAAAUCCAGAACUGUCUGUUGCAAAGUGGGGCACUCAGACAACUUUCCUUUUUUAGCCUGUUUGCUGAUAUUUCUCUUCCUUUCUGUUGUUUACAGGAAGGGGAAAAAAGUGAGGACUAUCUGUCAACCAGACACUGCAUCAUUACAUAGGCUCCUUCUUCCUCCCCUCCCCCAAUGACAAACAGUUGAUUCUAUCUUAAUGACUCCCGUCUUAACAUCCUUUGUUCCCUUCCCUUCAACUUGGAGUUAUUAAGUCUCUGCUUCAUUCUUUCCAUCUGCCAAAUGGAGAUAGUGAUACUCCCCUUCCAAUACCUCCAAGUCUCCAGAUUUAAAGAUAUUGCAUGAGUACUAACUGUUAGUAUUGUUAUGCUUUUUAAAAAAAUUCUCCGCCUAGGGACCAGAGGAAGGAGAAGCUGUAUCACCCUAAGCAGGGCUAGGGAUUGGACUUGUGAUGUAAUUGAUAUAAGAAAAUCCAAGAUAAAGAAACUCCCUCUACAAAUGCCAGUCAGCAUCUUUUCUGCAAUUUAGUCUUAGAGAGUUCCCUGAAGCACUGAGGUUAAAUGACUUGCCCAUUAUAUGUCAGAGGAGAGAUUUAAACCCAGGUCUUCAUGGCUCUAAAGCUUUUUAUUUUUCCUGCAAGUGUCUGCAAAGGUGGGAGAUAGUACAUACUACAUUUAUAGGCAAGUUAUUCCACUGUUAUAUAGCUCUCAUUAUUAAGAAAUGUUGAAUGGAAAUUUGCUUCCCUCUGAAAAUAAUUGCUCCUAGUUCCAUCCUCCUCAUAGAAGGAAUAUGGGCAAGUGUUAUUCUUCACAAUGAAAAAAUCAGGAAGAGAAAUGCAUUCAUUACAUUUUGUGUAUAAUAAUCAGCAUGGUAAAGAAGAUAAUAUGCCAGACUUAGAUUCAAGGAAACCUGGGUUCAAAUCCCAGUUCCAACACUUUCUAUCCAAGUGACCCUGGACAAAAGACAUUUCUCCAAGACUUAGCUAAAUCAUAAUGAGUUACUAUCUCCCUCAGUCCAGAGUUCUUCUGAGGAGUUAGGGAGCUUCCCACUAAUGAAAUCACAGAUGCUUCAAAGAUACAGUAGGCAGACUUCUUCCUAGAAGGUUUUGGUCAGGUGCUGAUAUCGAUUGAGGAUAGGUAUAGGAGAAAAUUAUGUUUUCAUAUUAAACUUAAGACCCUGAUGAAACUGGGGGAGGUAUCAAUGUUCCUAACUUUGAUGUGGUAAAGGACUUUUCACCCAUGGAAUUUUUCCUUAUUGGAAUCCAAAUGACAGCCACUUGUAAUGACCAGUUUUGUUUAUUAGUUGAAGGCUUUAACUAAAAGAUUCUAAUGCUAUUGUGGCUUCUUACCUUCUUUUCCUAUACUGAAAAGGCUUUCCAAACUUUAAUGAAAAAAUUAAAUCUGAGAUUUAUAUCCUAAGUAUGCACACUCUCUAUAUGUGUGUAUACAUAUAUUCAAACAUACAUGUAUACACAUUCAUAUAUAUAUAUAUAUAUAUUUGACAUUGAAAUUUGAGACAAGGUCUUGUGGGUAAUAAAAUAAUAAAAAGGUAGUUAGAUAAUAUGACCUACGUUCAGUCCAAGGUUGUUUUUAUUUACUUACAGUGUAACAUUGGAUACAUCACCUCUGUGUGCCUCAGUUUAUCCACCUGUAAAACAGGGAUAAUGAUGCCUGUCCCUCACCUAUUUCACAGGGACAUUGCUAUAGAUGAAUGAGAAUUUAAGUUGCUCUCCAUUCUCCCUUUCCCCUAUUUGUAUUUGGUACAGUAUUUGAAAUCACUCUUCACUCCCCAUGGGCUUCUAGGUGAUGGAUAAAGCAUCAGACCUGGAGUAAGAAAGACUUAUCUUCCUGAGCUCAGAUAUAUUCUCAGACACUUACUAGCUGUGUGACCCUGGGCAAGUCACUUAACCCUAUUUACCUCAGUUCCUCAUUUGUAAAAUGAGUGGGAGAAGGAAAUAGUAAACCACUUCAGUGUCUUUGCCAAGAAAACCCCAAAUAUGGUCAUGAAAAUCCCAAAUGGGGUCAGAUAUGACUUAAAUAACUGAAUUAUCCGUUAGGUGGCCAAUGAGCUACCUAACUACUAUAAUGCUUUAUUAGACUUAUGUGAAUAUUCUGAUAUCGAAAUUAGAAGUCCCCAAAAGGUUCAUCUUCAAUCUGAAUCACUUGUGGCUGGACUUAAUGUCACUAAAUUAGGCAAUAACAAGCUCAGAGCCCUGAGCUUAGAAAAAGGCCAUAUAUGAAUGAAAAAGUAAUGGUUUCUUAUGAAUAAAAAUAAUUGCCCAGAGUGGUUACAAUGGUAAUAUAGCAGAUAAUAAAGCCCAAAUUAAGUAACAACAAAGCUCUGCCAAGGCUCAUUGUUGACUAGCACAAAGGAAACUUCUGUGGUGUUUGUUGUAGGAAGAGGAUUGAAUUUUGAAACUGAAGACCUAGACUUCAAAUACUAGCUCUGACACUUGUUAUGUGUGUGAUCAAGGGCAAGUCACUUUACCUCUCCAAGUCUCUGUUUCCCUAUCUAUAAAAUCAGGGAUAAUAACAUUUGUCCUACCUCCCUCAUAGGGUUUGGCCAACUUUCCAGCAGCCCAGCUUAGUAGGUAUCAGCUAUUGAAAUUGGUGGGCAAGGGGGCGGCUAGGUGGCGCAGUGGAUAAAGCACCAGCCCUGGAUUCAGGAGUUCCUGAGUUCAUAUCCAGCCUCAGACACUUGACACUUACUGGCUGUGUGACCCUGGGCAAGUCACUUAACCCUCAUUGCCCCGCAAAAAAAAAAAAAAAGGAAAUUGGUGGGCAAGUUGCUCUCUGGGUGAGGAGGUAAAUAUGUAGCCUAAGGAAGUGCAAUUAAUUCACAAGCCCUCUCAUUUUAUAGAUGAGGAUGCAGAAGCUCAUAUAUACAGGCUGCAGAGAGGUGAUGCAAAGGGGAGAGAGUACUUGUUUUCUCAACGGGCUGAGGGGAAUAUAGUGGAUUUAUCUGGAAAAACUAUAACAAGAAUACAUUUAAAGAAGGGGAAAGCUUGACUUGGUUCUGCUGGCAUAAGAAUCCAAAUGAUAAGCCACUAGAGGACUCCAAAAUUAUUGCCAUUGCCACUUGGAAGAUUUAUUUCCACGAAACAGAGGUAAUGAACAGGACCAAGGGAAAAAGAGGUUUCAGUUUGUUGGAACUUGAGGCCAGGUCUUUGGUUUUAAAGUCCAGUGGUCUUCUCAUGUGAACUUGCAGUCCUAGAUUGAAUUGACCAAUCAAGAAAAGUUUAUGUCAUGUCCUGAACAUGACAAAUACCUAACUCCAUAAUAGGGUAGAAAAGAGAAAACUUCCUUCUGAAUGUACAUGGACUAUACUUCUGCACAGGAUAUGGUUUGACAACUACUACAGAAUCAUAAAAUUAGGGAUUAAGCAAAGAUCCCAAAUGGUAAGGACCAAAGGAGAAAGAAUUUGAUUUGAUUUUUACAACUUUAUUUCACAUGAAGAGGUGAAAAGGCACUGGAUUCAGAAUUAUAAGACCUAGAUUUGUGUCCUGGCUCUGCUACUCGUAAACUGCCUACCUUGCCUACCUCACAGGGUUGUUGUGAGGAUCAAAAGGAGAUCUUGUAUGUGGAAAGGCUUUGUAAGGUGUAAAAUAUUCUAUAAAUGUAAGGUAUAAUUACCGUAGUAAUGUUUGCUGUGCCUCUUCCCUCCCCUAAUUCUCUACCCUUUGUUUUUAAAAUGAUAGUAAUUGACAAGUGCUUUUAUACAAGGUAUUUUCUAAGAAGUGAACAGCAAGAGCCUCCAAAAUUAAACAGGUGGAUAGUACUCACAGAGCACUUCUUUCGAUUCAGAACACUGUGGGUCUUUUCUUUGUAACGACAGGUCAGUAAUCUUCUAGAGUUGUUGAAAAGGGUGACUUUUUAAAUAAAUCAUUAAUAUUGGGCUUAGCUCACAUAUGGCACUCAGGGAUAGUAAAGAGAGAAGAAGGAAUAAUGAUGAUGAUGAUAGUUGAUAUUUAUAUAUUGCUUUAAGGUUUACAAAG